UUGACGUCAGCCACGUUAGGUUUCAGUAGUCCAAGAUGGCGGAGGUGAGCGGGUUGAGGAGCAGAAAUCACUUCGAGCCCAACUGCAAAAGCCGAGUCACCGACGAAGGCUCGAGUCGUGUGGAAGAUGUCCCCGUUUUUCGGCAUAAGCUGAAGUCUCCUCUGACCAGGCCCGAGCACCUGGAGGAUGAAUUGCUCCCCAGGGCCGCCGCCUCAAACCUCACCUCCUCACCAGAUGAGUUUCUGGAAGGAGAGGCUGUGGAGGAGCAGGAAGAGGAGGAGGAGGAGGAGGAGGAGGAGGAGAAGCCCAAGCCCAUCCAGAUCGUCCUGGCCAACAAGGAAGAGCACGGCUUUGAGCUGGACACCGCGGCGCUGGAGCGGAUCCUGCUGCAGGACCACGUGAAGGACCUGAACGUGGUGGUGGUGUCCGUGGCCGGGGCCUUCCGCAAGGGCAAGUCCUUCCUGCUGGACUUCAUGCUGCGCUACAUGCUCAGUCAGGGCAAGUCGUGGAUGGGAGGCGACGACGAGCCCCUCACGGGGUUCACCUGGAGAGGAGGCUGCGAGAGGGAAACCACGGGAAUCCAGAUCUGGAGCGAAGUCUUCGUGGUGGACAAGCCGGAUGGCAGCAAGGUUGCCGUGCUCCUCGUUGACACUCAGGGGGCGUUUGACAGCCAGUCCACCAUCAAGGACUGUGCCACCGUGUUCGCCCUCAGCACAAUGACCAGCUCUGUGCAGGUGUACAACCUCUCCCAGAACAUACAGGAGGACGACCUGCAGCACCUGCAGCUCUUCACAGAAUAUGGCCGCCUGGCAAUGGAAGAGAUCUACCUCAAACCUUUCCAGUCCCUGAUGUUUCUGAUUCGGGACUGGUGUUAUCCUUAUGAACACAACUACGGGCUGGAAGGAGGCAACAACUUCCUGAAUAAGAGACUACAAGUGAAACAGAACCAACACGAAGAGCUGCAGAACGUGAGGAAGCACAUCCACUCCUGCUUCUCCAGCAUCGGCUGCUUCCUGCUGCCACAUCCGGGCCUCAAGGUGGCCACCAACCCCUACUUUGACGGCAGGCUGAAAGACAUCGAUGAUGAUUUUAAGACGGCGCUGGCCAAGCUGGUGCCUCUCCUCCUGGCCCCGGACCGACUGGUGGAGAAGGAGAUCGGAGGCAACAAAGUCACGUGCAGAGAUCUCCUGGAGUACUUCAAGGCUUACAUAAAGAUCUACCAGGGGGAGGAGCUACCGCACCCGAAGUCCAUGCUGCAGGCGACAGCAGAAGCCAAUAACCUGACGGCUGUGGCAGGAGCCAGAGACAUGUACGGCAAGAACAUGGAGCUGGCCUGCGGGGGGGACAAGCCGUACAUGGCGCCGGCCGACCUGGAGCGCUGCCACGGGGAGUUUCGCGAGCACUCUGUGCGUUUCUUCCGCUCCGUGAAGAAAAUGGGCGGCGACGACUUCUGCCAGCGCUACCAGAGCCAGCUGGAGGCGGAGCUGGACGACGCCUACGCCAACUUCUCCAAGCACAACCAAGGCAAAAACAUCUUCCACGCGGCGCGCACGCCCGCCACGCUCUUCGCGCUCAUGUUCUUCACCUACGUGGUGUCCGGGCUGACGGGCUUCGUCGGCCUGAGCACCGUGGCGUUGCUGGCCAACCUGUUCAUGGGCGCCGCGCUGCUGUCGCUCUGCGCCUGGGCCUACGUCAAGUACUCCGGGGAGUUCCGGGAGGUGGGGACGAUGAUAGAUCUGGUGGCCGAGGAGCUCUGGGAACAGGUUUUGAAGCCGCUAAGUGAACAUUAUAUGGAAGACAACGUCAGACAGACGGUGGUGAACUCCAUCAAAGCCAGCUUGACGGAACCGAGCUCGAAGCACACCAAGUUAAAGACUCACUGACGCUCUUCCUCCUCAUCUCCCCCGUCAUGUUCAUCGUCCUCCUGCCCUCGCUCGAUGUGUUCAAUCCUAGAACUGUGGAACUAGUUCAACACCAGAGCUGCCCCCCCCACCCCCACCCCACACGUCCAUAUCGUCUCAACAUGGCUGCCCCAGCUUCACUUGCUGUUGUGGACCUGCUCUUCAUCGCCCCCCAGUGCCUCAGAGCAGAAACUGCACGUUCACCAGAGGACGGAGGAGAGAAGCCGGACCUGAAGGACCGCCACCUUCUCCAGUGUGCCAUGCUGUGAUAGAUGUGUCUUUUGUUGUAGGCUGACACACACACACACACACACGCUGGUAGCGGACUGCACUCGCUUCAGGAUUGCGCUGCCAUUCAGGGAAGCUCAACACAGGAUGCAAACUGAAACACUUUUCUGUGCAUCGACUGGUUUUGUCUUGCGAGUCGGGGCUCCGUUUACUUUCUCUUCAGCCGGUUUAUUAUCCCACAAGCACAAGUGACCAGUCGACUAAUAGUGAGGUGAUUGUCGGGUCUUUUUUUGGUUUUGUUAUAUCAGGAAAUGGAUUAUAUUGAUUCUGAACUGAAAGUAAAUUGACAAUCCGUCACGGACGAGCUGGAGAAGAUUUCUUUUUUAAACCGUCUGUCCGGGUUAAUCUGUCUUCUCCUAAUCUGAGCUGUAUAGAACUUUUCUUCUUCUCCUCCUGACAUGCACCUCGACCACCUGCCUGUCUCCACUCACUCGGUUUCUCCCAUUAUGUUUGGAAGGUGCGUGAACCAGGCGCCCCGAUGCCCCGCGGGGCUCCGGCUGCUUCUAGACGUCUGUGCGUCCUUUAAUAUUUCGUGAUCCUGAAGAGAACUGUAGGACGCCUCGAGCCUCUCGGAUGAUCUUUGACGUGUUUUUAGAAGAGGACUAAUGUUUUAUCUGGCCUUCAGCGUCCGCAUGGUGUUGAGAGCGACUGUUGUCGCAUUAAGCCAACAGCCUGUAGAGUCUGGCGUUGGGUCUCCGGUCGCUUCCAGCGUUUUAUCUUCCACCGCCUCGUUUUUAAAGCUGCUCCAGACCCUCCGUUUUAACACCUCGAUUCUUGCUUUUGCAAGCUUUAUUUAGUUGGAGAGAUGACUUUUAGCUCAAAUAACAUCUUUGAAAGGAUGAGUUUAAAAUGUUUGCAAAAUACGCUCUUGCUUUCUUGAGUGAGUUAAAUUUAUUCGACAUGUCGGGUUAAUGUACAGCCGGCCGAGUGAAAGUUAAAGCUCAAUAAUGAACAUGGCAGCUGAUCGUUUGUUUUAUGUCAAGAUUUAAAAGUGGAAAAAAACUAUUACGCAAACAAACGUGCUACUUGUUGAGCUUCAACGGUGCUUUAAGAAGAAAACAAUAUGAUCCAGAUUUUCCCCGUUUCCAGCUUCAUAUUUAACAGUCGGAUAGGAAAGCUUGAUAAAUCUAACUCUGCAACAAAGUGAAAUGUUUCGUUAUUUCUCUCGAGUUUGUUACCGGACUUUAUUUCUCACUUUAUUCGACAGCUCCUCAUCCGUUUGAGUUUUUCUUUCGUUGAGUCCAUCCACAUUUCUCACCUCGUGCACCAGUCUCAAACUGUACAGUCUCUUUUUUUGUUCUGUGGUUACAUAAACAAACCGGGCAUGUUUGAUUAAAUAUUUAAAUAAACUUUGUAUACAUUUUCUUGUGAAUCGGUUGACGAUGGCUGUUUUGGUGAUCAACUUAACAGUCUGGCUUGUUUAAGAAUAAGUUGCUGCUGUCGGGUUUACUCUAGUUUAUAUCCUUUUCAUGAGGAUAGAUGUUAAUAGAAACGUGUUGUGAAUAUUUGGAUUCUGAUAGGAAAAUCUUCUGCCUGUGACGAGUGGGUCGGAGACGAUGUCUUAUCUGCCUUUUUAAAGAUAUCGCCGGUAAUUUAUUUUUGAAUAAAAUGUUACCUUAAGAAUAAACUCUCAAUUCAAGUG